AUGUCACCCUCGAACAAAGCUGCGCACAAGGCAGCCGGUCCGGAACGGUACCUACCCACUCAAUCAAAAGACUCAGCGCCGUCAAAGCCUUUGUUUGACCCCGAGCCGGGCGCCACGGAAGUCAGUACGCUACAACCUGCGAACGGCACGGCGGAGCCAGAUUGGGAGGGAUUCGAUGGAGAAGAAGUAGUAUCAGACGAGGAAGAAGAGAGCAGCGAUGAGGAAAGCGUAGAAAUAGUCACAAAGAAGAAUGCAAAGCCUAUACUGCCAAAGGAUGCGGAAGAGGAGGAACUUGAGCGCAUCAUCUUCGGUGACUCUGCAGGGUUCCGAGAAGGCAUAAACAACUUUUCGCUGGCACCUUCGGGAGCUGCUCUGGUCGAUGAUUCCGAGGCUGAUGAUCCGGAUGGCGACGACUACGGCACCGUUGCGGAUCAAGACCUGUUCUUCUUCGAUACUGGUCCGACCGCGCAGCCUGCAGGAUCUCUUGCUCAUGCGAAGGCUGAGGAGACUGAAGAUGACGAUGACAAGCCUGCUUGGGAAGACAGCGAUGAUGAGCGCCUGGUGGUGAGCUUGGCUUCGGUGCCACAACUAAGGAAGUUGCGGGAUACAGAGGAUGAUGAUGUGGUGAAUGGGAAGGAGUACGUACGCAGGUUACGCAGACAGUAUGAGCGGCUCUAUCCGGUCCCUGAUUGGGCCGUACACGCGACUGGAAAAGCCAAACGAAAACGGCGACACAUUGAAGAUGAUGAUGAAAGCCAUAUCGAUUCGACGAGCGACAUGGACGUGGAUGAGGAUGAUCUCUCCACAUUACCAUUAGCGCGGUUGCUGAAAGAUGCAGACAUCUUGUCUCGGACGUCGAAGAGCUCGGCAAAGAGAAGAAAGCUGCAAGCUGGUACUGUAGAGAUAGCGAGACUGAAGGAUGUGGCGGGAGCUGGUCCGUCUGCUAUAACCUCGUUGUCGUUCCAUCCUACGUAUCCACUGCUUCUGUCUUCUGGCCCCAGCUCAACGCUUUCGUUACAUCACGUGAACCCUUCGGAUCCUCACAAUCCCAAUCCGCUCCUUACCUCGCUCCACAUCAAACGUACACCACUUACUACCACCGCCUUCCAUCCCUCACCGUCUGAUUCUCGGAUCUUCCUUAGCGCACGGAGGCGAUACUUCCACGUCUGGAACCUUACGACAGGCACAGUGGAGAAGGUAUCCCGUGUGUAUGGUCAUCAACAUGAGCAACGCACGAUGGAGCACUUUGCCCUGUCGCCCAACGGCAGAUACAUGGCCCUACGUGGUUCCUCAAAGAAAGGUGGCGGUGUCGUGAAUAUCCUCGAUGCAAGGACACUGCAGUGGGUGGCACAGGCUCGCGUCGAGUCUAAAGGCGGGAUCGCAGACUUUGCGUGGUGGGGCAACGGCAACGGUCUGGUGAUUGCGGGCAAGAGUGGUGAAGUAACAGAGUGGAGCGUGCAAGAUGGUGUAGUCGGAAGAUGGGUCGAUGAAGGUGCCGUAGGCAACACAACAAUCGCAGUAGGUGGUAAGAGUGGAAGAGAUGGAUGGAUUGGUGGCGACAGAUGGGUAGCCAUUGGCAGCUCCAGCGGCAUUGUCAAUAUCUAUGAUCGGAGAGCAUGGAGCGAGAACGACCCUACGACCACUGGUGAUGGAGAUGUUCCAAACGGUGGCAUACCCCGGACGCCGAAGCCAUUGCGAGCGCUCGACAACCUCACGACCCCUGUAUCACACCUUGAAUUUUCCCCAGACGGACAAAUCCUCGCUAUGGCCAGUCGUUGGAAAAAUGCCGCCCUUCGACUAGUACAUCUCCCUUCUGCAACAGUGUUCAGGAACUGGCCCACUCAAAAGACUGCCUUGGGAAGAAUCACGUCAGUGGCGUGGGGUAACCCCUCAGAGGAGGAGGGCAGGGAGGGCAGCUUUGCACUACUAGCUGUCGGCAUGGAGACUGGGCGCAUUCGGAUGUGGGAGGUGAGAGCGUGA